AUGACGAACGCAAAAGCUCCCGCUCGAACGUCCUCGCGAACGCCCAAACCGACGAUGAAAACGAAUACCAUUGGUAUCAGCGACGACGACUUUGACGAGUUCGUAUCAGAGCCGAAGUCUACGAAGAGGCCUGUUCGGAAAGCGCCGGCAUCAUCGGCAAAAUCGUCCCCUUUGGCGACGACGGGGAAGAGAAAAGGAACGACGACGACGACAUCGACGACCCAACAAAAGAAGAAGACGAAGAAGCAAGAAGACGAAGAAUACAAAGAACCAACAAAAGAAAUAGGAGGCCAUCGAUGGCAAGGCGCGGGGAUGACGUACCCGGCGAGUCACCCGGAGUUGGACAUCAUCGGUCGAACGACCGAAAUGGACGAGUGUUUUCUACCUCCGUUCGCGAUGGAGAAGAUGAUGAGUGAAAACGCACCUCUGCGAGAAGUGCUAAAAAAUCCAAUCGACCUGUGGCGGAAAACGUUAACGGAGGAAGAUCGGGAGAUGCUGAAGAAGAUGCUCCCAGAGACGACGAGGAAUGAUGAGAAUUUGGUGGAAAAUGUGGUGAAAGAUUUGUUUACGGGGAAAACGUUUCAUUUCGAUAACCCGGCGGAACGCGUUUGGAAUCAGAUCCGCGAAGGCGAAAGGCAUCCGCACUUUGCGCGAGCGAAACGGAUCAGGAAGGAGUUGCAGAAACGGAAUUCGUUUUUGAGUUUGCGGAAGAAGCACGACGAAGUGGUGGAUAAUUUAGAUCAGAUGAGGAAGUUGUGGAUGCGGUUAGGCGAAGAAGUUGGGAUGAAGGAGAGGAGGAAGUUGUGGGAGGAGCACUUGGACGUGAAGGCGCAGCGGAGGAAGAAUUUGGAAAACGCUAGGAAGAAAAACGCGAGCUUAGCGAAGCAGAUGAAGCAGCAGAAAACCCAGGGAGGAGCAGCAGGAGGAGGAAGUGAACGCGAAGGUAGCGUGAGUGCGUUUGGUGCUGCCGACGAGCAAGAGGCGCCGCCGACGUGA